UGGAGGAAAAACGCAUACUUUCGAAUACCCAGGUCUGUUUGAAAGCGAGAACUGGGCGUUCCAUGAUGUCGGUGAUUUCUAUUCCUAGCUACAAAGAUGAAAACGGAGUUGCGUACUAUGAUAUAAAUGUGCGCUUACCUCUACGAUCCAUUACGACGUCAAAAAGAUACUCUGACUUCGUCUCCUUACAAAAGUCCAUAUGUGCUGAAUUGGGUAUAUCGCAGGCAGACUUUCCUUAUUCUCUUCCCCCCAAAAGUGGGAUAUUUGCCAAUAAGCAUGCAGUUGCCCUUGAGAGACAAGCCACGUUGGCUGAGUUUUUGGAACGUCUCAUCAAGGACCGUGAUAUGCAAAACAGUGAAAUUCUUCAUGAGUUUCUCGAGCUUCCCCCGAAAUUUAAAUUCACUUCGGACUUUUUCAAGGAUGGAAAUGAAGACUCGAACCCAGAUGAAAAGUUCCUCAUAAUAGAAGACUCCCAGCAGAUCAGUCGGAUGCAAUGGCUAACUUAUCUAAAAGCUGUGCGUGUGGUAGUUGAAAGCUUGGAAAACAGCGGUCAUUUAGCAGCCAAAUUGGCCAACCGGGAGAAGGCUACAAAGUACAUUCGUCCUAAUAUGGAGAAACUCACGGAAGCCCUUCAGCACAUGUCUCAAGAAGACAUCAUUUCACCCCUGGAAUUCAAGCAAAGAACUUCAAUGCUUUCUUCAUUGCAAUCUCAAAUGGAACAACUCGUGAUGGAUAAGCCUUUCGCCUCUUCGCCUGAAACAAAUGUGAAAUUGUCGAAGAGGGUGUUCUAUCAAGCGUCAAACCCACCGAUCGAGACACCGAAGACUCUUCCUUUGUCCAACAAAGCCCUACUUCAACAUCAGCAGCAAAUACAUACAGACCAGGAUAGAGAAUUGGAAGCCCUCCGGAAAAUAAUUGCAAGACAGCGAGAAAUCGGAGAGACAAUCAACAAGGAGGUGGAAGAACAGAUGGAGAUUCUUGAUUCAUUCUCCAAUGAAGUAGAUACCUCUGGAGACAAGAUCCGGUCUGCAAGAGAGAGAGUCAAGAAAAUUACCUGAAGUGAGAGAGCCUAAUGCACCAACAAUAUGAUAUGACAUCUUAUUGUUUAUUACUUGGCCAUUGUGUAUUUUUUUGAUUAGGAACUUCUGACCGUAUACCCAGGAAAGAUGCAGUUCAUACAUUCUAGUAAGAAAAGGAAAAAGAGAAAGGAAAGGAACUAGGAUGAAGCCAUUAUAAAGAACUGCAAGUGAUGGUGGUUGAGCAAUAAGAA